AUGAGCAGAUUCACUACUUCAACUGCUGGGUCACUCAGUUCUAAUAAGGUGUUUUGCUCAAUAUAUGAAGGAAAAAGUAGUGUUGAUGUUAAUGUUGGUUUAUGUUUUUUCAAUAUAGCAACAGGAGAAAUCACAUUGAGCACUAUUUUGGACUCACAGACAUAUGUUAGAACCAUUCAUAAGAUCCAUGUUUUUGAACCUUCUGAUAUAUUAGCACCUGAACAUUACAUUGGGCCUCCUGGAAAUAAGUUGACUGUCAUUUUGAAGUCUAAUGUGUCACAGGAAAUCAGGUUUCAUGGGGUCGAUAAGAGGUUUUUCAAUAGUAAUGAAGGGUUAGAAAACAUACAAAAGUUGGCGUUUGAAAAGGAUCUUAACUAUUUAAAACAGGAAUUGGGUGAUAAACAAAAUGCGUUGUGCGCUUUGGCUGCUGGUAUGAAAUUCAUCAUAAAAAUUUAUAGAAUGCAACAAGUGUUCUUCAAAAAAUUCAGAUUCAAGUAUGAGGUGCCAGAAAGUACAAUGUUUAUUGAUACUAGAACCAUAAAGAGUCUUCAAUUGACUGAAAAUUUAGUUGAAAAGAAUGGAUUAUCUUUCAUGAAGUUUUUGAACUCAACCUUGACAAAGAUGGGAGAAAGAGUGUUGAGAAAUAAUAUUUUUCAGCCAUUGACAGAUAAAGAUAGUAUUAUAAUGAGAUUGAAAGCUGUCAAAGAGCUUGUUGAUAAUCAAUCAUUACUUGAUGAGCUAAGAGUCAGUAUUAAAGGGUUGCAAGAUCUUGAUAAGAUUUUUGCCAUUCUAUUGUUAUCAAAUAAUUCAGAGGUACCAGAAAAAUCUGUCAAUAAAGUCAAUCAUAUUAUACUUGUCAAACAAGCAGUGAAUGUUGCUAUAGAUAUUGGAAAUUACCUUGAAGGUGCCAGGUGUACUUUAUUGCAGCAAAUAAGAGAUAUUUGCAAGGAUGAUGGUGUAAUUGCGGUAAAGAAUUUGAUAGAUGAAUAUAUAAAUGAAGAUUGCAAUUGGGCUUCUGGUACCCUAGAUAUUCAAAAUCAAAGGAUUUAUGCUGUAAAGUCAGGCAAGAAUGGGUAUCUUGAUAUGUCCAGAAAAGCCUACAACUUUGUGGGUGAGGAAGCUGUUACAACAGCUGGUAAUUUAUCAGAGCAAUAUGAUCUCUUCAUCGAGGCUUGCUAUAAUAACCAACGUGGGUAUUACUUGAAGGUGAAAAACUACGAAGAUAUAAACCAACUACCAGACAUUUUCAUCAAUCGCAAAGAAAAGAAGAACUUUUUAGAAUGUACAACAUUGGACUUAAUCAAAUGGAAUGCUCGCAUGGAUGAUACUGUUUCUGAUAUAUUGAGAACUAGUGAUAAGAUGCUAGAAGAGUUGCUUGAUGAAAUUACAAAUUAUAUCCCAGUUCUUUUCAUGAUGGGUGAAGCCCUAGCUGUAUUGGAUCUUUUUCAAUGCUUUGCUUUAAAUGCAACCAAGGGAAAAUACUCGUGCCCUGAAAUAUCAGAUAUGUUGACACUCAAGGCAAGUAGACAUCCCAUCGUGGAGACCAUGACGGAGAAUUAUGUCUCUAAUGAUAUUUGUGCGGUUAAGGAUACCUCAAGAGUUCAGGUGAUAACUGGAACAAAUAUGAGUGGGAAGUCAGUUUAUUUGAGACAAGUUGCACUAUUGUCCAUCAUGGCACAAAUUGGUUCUUUUGUUCCAGCUGAGUAUGCAAAUUUUCCAAUUUUCAAUAGUUUGAAAGCAAGGAUUUGUGUUGAUAACUUUGCAUCUACUACUUCAAGUUUUGCAACAGAAAUGAAUGAAAUGGUUUGUAUUUUAGAAGAUUUCGAUGAAAAUAGUCUUGUUAUAAUUGAUGAAUUAGGAAGAGGUUCUAGCUUGAAUGAUGGGUUUGCUAUUUCACUAGCUAUAUGUGAGCAUUUAGUAACAACAAAUGCUACAGUUUUCAUAACCACACAUUUUCAUGAGCUAUCAAAGAUUUUGGGUACCAAGCCUGGUGUAAUUCAAAAUCACAUGAGCUGCUCAAGUACACAAAAUGAUGGACUAAAAAUGAAUUACAGAAUGCUAGGGGGCCUUACAGAUGUGAAGAGAUAUGGGAUCAGAGUAGCACAAAAGUAUUUUGAAAAUAGUAUCAUUGAAAAGGCUAAGGAAAUUUCAGAGAACUUAGAGAAUAACGCUAUUGAGUCAAACCCUGAAGAGGAGGAACAAAUGGUGAGAAAUCGCAAGUUAUUGAACCUUGUCAAGAUCUUGGAAUACGUGGCAAACAGUAACGAAAUAAGCAAAGAGUUACUUUUGGGGAUUCAAGAAGAGUUUCUUAACUAG